GUGAUCCCUAACUACAGAAAACCUUUGGUGGUGGUUGCGCCGAAGAUCCUUCUCCGACAUUCGAAGGUGAUCCUCACCAGUGGCAAGCACUGGAUCGCAGUCGAAAAAGAACGUGACGAGCGUGGUCUUAGAGAUACGGUAGCGAUAAUUCGUCUCGAGAGCCUUUGUCCCUUCCCCGUGCAGGAUCUGCGGGAAACACUUCAACGGUAUCCGAAGGCAACG